AUGCUGUGGAGUGCUGCUUUGGCACUGCCAGCCCUUGCAACGGACUGGAGUAUUGCAGCAUGUCCCCCUCUGCCGCAAGACAUAGAUGACAUCGAUGACACUCUGAACUUGAUGUCUUGUAUUCACGGUAAGCAGAAGGAAUCCUCCAAGCACUUCUACAUUCGUCAGUGGUAUCGACAUAUCGAGGAAUUGAGCAUGAAAGCCUUUCGAUGCCACCAAGACAAAGAUAUCCAGGCAGUCUUGAGAACUCUGGAACUCAUGGAUCGCACCUUGUGCCUGGUGAAGUUCAAAGAUUGCCUCGAGCUUCACAACAGAUACGAAAAUGCAGUGCAUCACGUUUGUUCGCAGCUAGAAGAAGAACUCUUGAGUUGCGCAUCAUGGCAGGAUUUGCGGAAACUGCCCCUGGAUGUGUUUGAAGCGCUGGAAGCAACAAUCUCACGGUGCACUCGCAUCGUAGACCCUUUCUGGGAGCUCUUGGAAAGCCUUCACACAGGUGUUGUGUGGACUUUCGGCGCGCACCAUGCACCAAAGUCAUGCGAGUCGGAUGGUCCUGACUUGGCAUCAAACUUGAUUUGCAAUGGCUGGGCUGGCAUUUUGGUGGAAGGACAUGCUGCACGUCGCGCCGUGCUCAAGCAAGAAUUUGGGCAUCGACGAAAUUUGGUAAUUGUGUCUCAACUGGCGAUGCGGGAGACAGUGGGCCGUGUGUUGGAAGAUGCCACUUGGAACAACCUCGACCUCAGGGAUGCCGAGGUGGAUUUGCUCCAGAUCACUUUCGGCGCAAACGACUGCGAGAUUCUGCGAGGUAUUGUUGAAAGUGGUUUCCGGCCACGCUUUGUGCGUGCCAUUUUUUGGCAUCCAGUCCCGCCGCCCCUGGUGUACCAGCCACGCACUCAUCGUUUGCUGGGAGAUUGGUACGAGGAUGCCUUCGAGGCAACAGGCGAGGGCUGCUCUCUGCAAGCCAUCCUCGAUGCCUUGAAUGAUCACUACGUCCUUUGGGGCUUCGACAGUCGUGACUGCGAGAAGGCGAACUUUGUGCGGCGGGAUUUGGUGCAGAAUCGGAAUAAUCCGUUCAAUCUCGGCGACAUUGAAGAUAACGCGCAAGAUCUGCAAGCCUUGUGGGCUGCCAGGUUCAACAACACUGCUUGCUUCUUGAACAAUCACGUCUUUGACACUCUGAUGGUCGACCCACGACUGAUGCAGGAACUCCCCGCGAACUUGCCAACGCAGUCUGGGAUUUUGGAAGUGAAGAUCGACGAGCCUCCAUUGAAGCUUUCGACAGAUAUGCUGAGCGGGACAGUUUGGGCAGGAUCUGCGCGCGUUAUUCAGACCCAUGAGAUUCCAUUCUCCAAGGAGCUAAAAGGCGCCCUUGCAGAGAAUGUCUACGAAGCCUUCGACAAAGGGAAAGGAAGUCGUGACAGCCUCGAUCUUCUUGAAGGCAACCAGACCAUGGGCAGGUAUUUGUUUGAGAAGCGUAGCAAUGACAACCUGGGCACCUCCUAUGGGGCCAUUUCUAUGUCUGGAGAAGAGAAGGGUCAGGCAAAUCUGACCCUUUGGUUUAGUCGCCAGGCCUAUCAUGCUGUUCCUGUCAUGGUAAACCUUUAGAACAAUGCUCGCAUGAAGCUGCUGGGCAUGGGACAAAGCAACGUGCAGGUAUUCAGCCAUCCAUUGCCAAAGACACAACAGCUAGUUCAAGAAGAAAUGUCUGGAGGCAGUCAGGUGCUGACAGACCUCUUUGUGGCGCUCACAGUUAUUCUGGCCAUGGGCUUCAUUCCAGCAAGCUUCCUGGUGUACCUGGUCCACGAGAAGUCCACAAAUGGCAAGCACCAGCAAUUGCUGACUGGCAUUUCCCCGCUCCUUUACUGGUUUGCCAACUAUUGUUGGGAUAUCGUCAACUUCUUGCUCCCUUUGCUGCUUUGCGUGUUCAUUUUCCUAGCAUUCCAGGCGCAGUGGUUGCCCAGAUUUUAGCGUCGGUUGCGCUUGGCCACUUGCUUUGCUCUAUAU